AUGCGCGUCCCGUUCCUCCUCCUGCUGUCUCUAUGCUCCCUGGCGUCUCUGCCCCUGUGCCAACCGACCAUCAUCUUAGGAUCAGCAACUGCCGCCUCUGCCACAACUGCGGGCGUCGCCCUUGGAGCGGCUACGGCAUCUGCGGCCGCCGGAGCCAUCGGCGUCGUGGCGGUAGCCGGCGCCCUGAUCGUCAGCGGCGUCAUCGCCGCCGCUGCUGUAGCGAACCGGAGAGGGAAGCGAGAUACCGCAGGGGCCGGCGCUGAGCCCACCUGCCUCCCGAUGAACAACCCGGAUCUCUUCAUAGCGCUUGCGGCUUCAUCGGACACCAUCGGCUGCGGCAUGCGGCUCGUGUGCGAGCUGGAAGCCACGCCCGACGAGCUUCUGUCGCGGGAGGAGCACCUCAUUCUGGGACUCUUCGGACGCCAGAUCAAGCCAGCGCCCUUCUCGGAGCUGAUGUCCCCCAAGGCUGGUUUCCAAUACGCCGCUUUCGUCGGCGCCAACGCCAAAAACGUCAGCGAGUGUGCCAGCGUCUUUGAUCUGUGCCCUUACGAUCGCAGGGCCAUGAUGGAGCUCUUCAACGCUUCUAAAUGAGGAGGCGAUGUGCGUGUGAAAAAGAAAGGUUCCUCUGAACUCGGAAAGACGAAAUGGUGAUUACGUGUGGGAUAUCAGGGCGGCUGGAGUAAGCGGUUUACGACGUGGGGAUGAUUCUGCUCUCAUAGUUUUGUCAAGGGAAAAUUAAGUGGGUUUUUUUAUUCAUCUUGAUUCUAAUAUUCAUCCACCUCAUGACCUGAGAAGUUAUGGCAGACUUUGAACA